UCGCAGCUUUGCCCCUUCCCAAGCCCUAAGCACCGCAAAAAGUCUCGAAAACAAGCAUUUGGGUUUGAACUGCUCUCCAUAAUGCGGCUAAAUCUCCUUCAUCCCAGGAACCGGCUCUCCAUCACUCCAUGGCUGGAAAGUGGUGUCCUUUCCUUCUCCUUGUGCCCAGUUUCGGCAAACCAAACGGCUUCUUACAACAGCAGAACAGGAGAAGGUCGGGAAACUACGGAACAUCCCACCGUAUUGGAGAAAUCGGCGAUGUUCGGAAAGUGUCUACUUAUGGACGGAAAAAUAGCCGAAAACAAGGUAGUUUCACCCUUGUCCUUCCAAGUGGUGCUCAGCCUCCUUGCCGCUGGCUCCGGCGGUUCCACCCUCCGUCAGCUUCUCAAAUUCUUCAACACCGAUUCUGUCGAUCGCCUCAAUCACUUAGCCUCCCAAAUUUCCGACGUCAUCUGUGCCGAUGGUGAUCCCGCCGUCGGCCCUCGUAUGCGUUGCGCCAAUGCCUUGUGGCAUAAUCAACCCCUUACUCUCAAGCCCUCUUUUAAAGAGAUUCUCAACUCUGAUUAUAAAACCGCUCUGAACCCAGUGGACUUUCAGACCAAGGCUCUUGAUGUGAGGCAAAAUAUUAAUUCCUGGGUGGAAAAUGAGACAAAUGGCCUGGUUAAAAACCUUAUUCGUGAGGAGUCUCUCAACAACUCAGUCCAGCUCGUCUUUACAAAUGCACUCUACUUCAAAGGAGCAUGGGAUGAGGACAAAGAUCGUUUCGAAAGCUUUGAGGACAUUGAAAAUGUCGAGAUGGCUUCCUUCAUGACUGCCAAGAGGAAUGAAUAUGGUAAGGAUGGUUGUCAAUUCCUCAAUCAAACAUAUAAAAAGCAAAGUCAAGAUAAGCGCCAAGUCAAGAUGCAUUUCGUUUAUCCGCCUGUAGAUACUGAACAUGGGCGUAGAUACCAUGUUACUGAAACCUUAAUGAAUGUAUGUGGCUGCAUGACCCCAAAAUUUGAUAAUUCUUCUGAGGUGGAGGCUUCCCAUGUGCUGAGGCAACUUGGGGUAACAUCGCCAUUCUCUAAAGGAGAGUUGACAGAAAUGUUUAGUUCUUUUGGUUGUCGAAGGUUAUAUGUUUCCAACAUAUUUCAGAAGUCAUUCAUCGAAAUAAACGAACAAGGGACCCAAGCUGCAACAGCCACCGCUGCAAUAGUAAUGUCUGGGUGUCCACCACGUUUGCCGCGUCUACCUAGAAUAAAAAUACGCUCUAAAGGUUACAUCCCAACCCUCCUUCAUGUUGGAGCCUAG